UAGUACCGUAUUUGUUUACUAGUAACAACAAAUUCUUCGGGAGCGAAUUCGGAAUUUAGCUUGUUAUCUUUUUUCAUCCGCUUGGCUAGAACAUGAUCUCCUACUUCAAUUCCACUCGGUCGUGCUCUCCGGCGAAGAUCAGCGUAUACUCUCCCCUUUUCCUUUUGAAUCAUAUCGUGGUCUCGUGCUUCCUCAUCAUUGCUUAUAGAUGUAGGUACACCUGGCCGCUUUCACUGUAAACGCCGUCCUAACAUCAGCUCAGCAGGCGCUCGCCCUGUUGUAGGAUGGAUUGCUGAGUGGUAUGUUAAUAGAUACUGAUACAAUUUCUUUCGCCAAUCUUUUCCUUACUCAUGCGAAAUUCUAAGGCGUUUCAAAAUUGAACGAUUUUGGCGCUCCACUUCACCGUUCAUUUGUGGCCAGUAUGGUAUUAUUGGUUCCAGAAUGAUACCCUGCUCAAUACAAAAAGAUCGGAACUCUUCUGAAGGAAAUUGCGGCCCAUUAUUCGCUCUCAGAAAAUUAGGGAUGCCAUAUCGAGAGAAUAAUAUCAAUAGUUGUUCAGCUUGUCGUUGUGAUAUCCCGGAUCACGAUUAUUUCAAAAUAUCGACUAUAGUAGUCGAUACAAACUAAUAGACUUUCUUCCUCGGGGAGUGGUCCUAGAAAGUCUAUGGCGAUAUGCUCCCAUGGACCAGUUGGGAACUUCUUCCUAAUCAUAGGAUCUGUUGGAUUAGGAGCGGACACGAGCGCACAUCCUCGACAGGCCUUAACGAAUGUCUUCACACGUUGAUCCAUCUUGGGCCACCACACAUUAGCGCGCAGAUGUGGUUUCAUCAUUCUUAUGCCGGGGUGCCGGUGGAUGUCAUUGUAGAGGGCUGCAAUUCGCAGGAACUGAAACGUAAGAUUCUAGAAAAGGAUCGUUCUCUAACCGAAAUUGAAGCGUUAGGUGAGUCACUGGAGAGUGUGAUAAUCCAAGAAAAGGAGAUGAAGGUUGGUACCCGGAACGAAAUGGUUGGGCAAUCUGAGGUCUGCAGAAUAAGAUCAAAUAGAGCACCAUCUGAUCGUCGGCAAGACAGAUUUUUAAAACGUUUCGUCACAGGACGUAGCAAGGGAGGAGAGAAAAAACCUGGAACUGUAUGCUACGCAUGUGGUCGAUAUGGUCACAUUUCAACGUCCUCAGAGUGUCCAGCCAUCGGACAAGAAUGUCGCAAGUGCAAGAAAACAGGACAUUUCGAAAGCGUUUGUCGUAAACGCUCGCUGUAUGCAAAAGCAAAGUCACCGCCGAAAAAAGUACAAGCCAUUGACGAUAUCAGUGUGCCAAUUGUGAAUGAAGCGAAAGUAGAGCCUGAGAAUAGCAACAAAGUCUACUACACUUUCUACACAGGCAGUCAGGCCAACGUAUUCAAUUGCAACAUUGGUGGCACAAUGGUGGAAGUCUUCAUCGACUCGGGGUCUGAGCUGAAUUUGAUAACUACUGAAACAUGGGAGCAGAUGAAAGCUCAACGGGUCGUUGUGUCAAAUUGCAAAAAGGGUUCCGACAAGAUUCUUAAGGCCUACGGAAGUACGAAACCGCUUCAUAUUCUUGGUACUUUUGAAGCCAAAGUUGAAAUAGGAAAACAAUCAGCUGAUGCGAUUUUCUUCGUAACCCUACAGUUACCGGGGAUCUGUUUGAAGUAGACCUUCACAUAUGUUUCGUCGUCCAUUAUGCAGCAUUCAACCACUUUUCAACUUACGUCAGCAUGUUGAGGUACAACUUUCUGGCACGGGUUUUGGCGAACUUGUUCUGCUUCUCUUCGUAAUUAUAGGCCUUUUGUACAUUGAACGUUCGAAGCCCAGCCUUAGUUUUGGCCUUCUGGACAUAAAUUCAGCUUAGGUGCAGCUUCUUAGCCACAUCUCGAACGGAGGCGUUCGGGUUUCGGUUGAAUUUUUGGUAUUGUACGGAAUACUUUUUCCUUCACUGCUGGGCUUCAGAUCGAUGGUUAAUCGUUCCUCGAACCGCUUAAUCAUUCGCGACAUCGUGAAAUUCGCGAUUCCCAACGUUUUAGCGAUGGAACGAUGCGAGAGAUCCUUGCUCUCGUGAUGAAUGCGCAAGAUUCUAUCACGCACGAGCUGUUCUUUCGUUUCCAUUUCCGCGAGUGGAAACUCACAGAAAGUGUACUAUGUAUGUCAUGAUCGGGGUUCGAUCUCAUGACCGUUGGUUUAGAAGGUUUGAAGGCUCUACACCACGGGUUGCGGCGACCCUGUGGACACACUUUAUCAUCAUCUUUAACUCACUCAGAUGGCUGACACAUUCCUCGGCCCACGCGUUAAAGUCGUCAGCUAUAACAAUGGAUCUUCUCCCCGUAAGCAUCUACAAUCUUGACAACCAUAGUGCCGAACCUCUUUAAUGACCGUUUUGGGGGAGCAUAGCCGCUACAGAAGUAGAUCCCGCUAACUUAGGCUAUCACCUUCGUUUUCAGUCGCCACCACCUUUUGUAUGAGGAAACUACCUGUUUCCCAUAUCGUGGCCAAUUUGACGUCAUCGGUCACCCAAUUAAUGCCAUCCGAAGCUGUCAGUUCCUGCCACAAGCGCGACUUCCAACUUUUCCUCAACUGUCAUCUCCCGCAACAGCUAAUGUGCUGUAUAGCAGUAGUUGAGGUUGAGUUGGACGAUCUCUAUGCUCUUGGCGCCCGGGGUUGUACCAUUUGCACCUUUUUAUACGCGGGGCACCUAGGGUUGCCAGCAGCGUGGUCUCCAGCGCGGACAGGGCAUUUUGCAGUUGGCCGUCUUGUGGCCGGUUUAACUGCAGCGCCAGCAUGUGCCACUUCUAUCUUGCCUAGUGCAGUCGAACUCCGUGCACUUGAAGCACAUGUCCGGUUGCUUGGGGAUGGAUAUCUGACAGAUAGACCAUCCCACCUUAAGCCGAUCAAACUUAAGUGCUGCGUUUACUAAUGCAUCUGGGGGGUGGGGGCAUUCCUCAAACGAACUGACAUCUGGUCCGAGCGGAUUUUACACUGCUUGACCAGUACCACCCGCAGUUCCUCCUCUGUUGUGAUCUCGGCCAGGUUUUUAAUCCGGAUGAUCACUUUUUACGGAGGGCACGUACUUCGGCCUUGUCACCAAGAACUUCGGCCGCCUUAGCCGUGAAGAUUCCACUGGAGUUUCCCGCGCCACGCGUAAGUUCCAGGAUCACUCGUCGGUGCUGGUCCGACAUAUUUUCCGGACAUUAUCGCCGAGAUCGUCGAGGUUCUCAUCUGUAAGCACCUGUCCUAAGACCAGGCUCGACACCUCCGGACGGAUUCCCGGUUCGACUGCCUUUUAAUUGGUACCAGGCUAAAAGACCUUCCAAUUGGAUCCCUGGCUCGACACUUCCGAACGGAUUCCCGGUUCGACGCCUCCGAACGAUCCCAAGCUCGACGCACUUCCGAACGGUCCCAGGCUCGGCGCACUUCCAAUUGGUUCCCGGGCUCGACGCACUUCCAAACGGUCCCGGAUCGAAGACCUCCCAAUGGCUCUGGCCCGACGGCCUUCCAUGGCUCUGGUAUCGGCGCUCUUCUUGCGGCUCGAAGCUUCCCUUCGACCUCAACGGCUUUCCCGAGGCCUGAUGCUUCUAGUCGUCCAGCUCGACGGCCUUCGCUUGGCUUUCUAAUCCUCGCCCCUGUUGCAACUCGAUGACCUUCCAUGGCACCAGUUCGUCGACCUCCACCGCUAUCUGGCACGACGAUCUACAAUGGCUUCCGGUACGACGACCUCCCAAUGGCUCUGUCCAUUUCAUUUCUGUCCAGACGAUCUUCCAUGGCUCUUCCUGCGGCCGGCUCUAGCUUCCCUUACACCUCGACGUCUUUCCUGAGGCCUACGCCUCCCAAUGGUUCCGGCCCGUCGACCUCCACUUGGCUUUCUGAUCCGACGACCUUCCAUGGCAUCGGCUUGGCGACCUUCAGUGGUACCCCGCAUUUAGCGCGCUAGCAGAGUCAGAGAAUAUAAUGGAGCUGGGUUAGGAGGAUUAUGUAGCCUCAAGUAUGGCAUUUACUUCACAACUGAAAACAGAGCAUUCGGGUGGAAGAGGGAGGCUUUUGUUUUGGACAUUGUCUCCACCGUAUAUUCCGCAUCCUGCUUUGCCGGUAUCCGUUUUGGAACCAUCAGUACAAACGUGGGGCUGUGUAUUCUAUUUUUGGGCUGACAGUGGGGCCGAAUGAUGUUGGGAUGGUUUCCAGCUUUUAUUCUUUGUAGCAGGCUCAAGAAUUCAUUGCCAAAAGGAACAAUGUUGGGGAUUGACAGAUCCUUGUGGGGCUCCACAGAUAACUUUAACAGGUCGGAUGUUAGAGCAAGUGUCAUUCAUUAGGACUUGGAUGUAUCUAUCAGAUAGGAAGUCUUGGACGUACCACAACAUUCGCCCUUGUAUUCCCCAUUUGGUAAAGGUGUUGAGAAUAGCGGUGCGAUCAACCCGAUCGAAGGCCUUGGAGAGGUCGAGUGUUCAAUGGAAUGUGGAGAGCUUCGCCAGUCACAAAACGGAGAAAUGUUGACUAUCGUCGUGCUUUUUCUGUCAUGUGAAUAGUGAGGUUGUUAGGGAUUAUAGGGAAUUGCAACGCGGAAGGAGAACAAAACACAUACGUUCUGUAUGGAAGCAAAGUAACAACUGACUUUAUUUUAAAGAUGAGAUGAGAGAACAAAUUGUAUUUGUAAAAGCAUUGUUGCCAGUAAUAUUGAUGACGUUGUGUCAGACCAGGGGUCUAACACUCCUCCUCAACGUUAUCAGCUACGACGCCAAUCGAUGUCCGGAACGUCGAUAGUUUUAUUGGUCCAAGUGGCUUAGUUAGGAUGUCAGCUUCCAUUUCAGUAGUUGGACGAUAUACGAUGUUGACGAUACCAGCUUCCACCAUAUCUUUGACGAAAUGAUAUUUUGUAUCAAUGUGUUUUGAUCGACGGGAGAAUCUUUCAGUUGUUGAUAAUGCAAUGGUACUUUGGUUAUCUUCAUUCACAGGUAUCGGUAACUGCAGGGGUUCGCCCAAAUCAUCCAUCAGCCUACGUAGCCACGUGAGCUGCUGCAAGCAUUCGGCCAAAGCCACAUAUUCCGCCUCGGUGCUGGAUAAAGUAACGCUAUCCUGUUUUCUGCAGCACCAAUCGACUAAUCCACCUCCCAACUUGAAUAGAAAGCCUGUAUUUGACUUCCUGUCGUUGAUUCCGCUCGCCCAAUCGGCAUCGACGUAGCAUUCCAAGGUCGUUUCGUGGCCGAGAUGGAGCUUCAAAUUCACGGUUCCUUUUAAAUAUCGCAGCACUUUUUUAGCCUCAAUGUAAUCAGCUGUUGUAGGCUUAGCUACGCGUCGACCCAAGAUGGAAGUGGCAAUUGCAAUGUCGGGACGCGUAUUAACAGCUAUGUACAACAAAGCUCCUAUGAGACACUGAUAUUGGUUAUUUGUUGGUAGUGCCUCACUAUCCUCCUCCUUUUGUUGUACAAAUCCUGUAGACAUGGGAACUUUGGAGGGGUUGCAUUUAUCCAUACCAAAACGCACGAGAGUCUUGGAAAUAUAAGAACACUGAUCAAGCACAUAAUUCUGUUCUUUCUUCUGAAUGUGUAUACCCAAGAAAUGUUUCAGUUCUCCUAACUCAGCUAACUUGAAUUGGUCUUUGAGAGCUGAGAGGAUGGAUGUAUACUCUUUUUCACAGCUGUACACCACUAUGAUAUCAUCCACAUACAACAGGAUGAACAAAUUAUGAGGCUUCAUUCGUUUGAUGUACAAGCAAGGGUCUGUUUGGGAACGCUCAAAGCUGUUAUCCUUCAUAAACGUGUUGAUUCGCAAGUUCCAGGCACGUGCUGCCUGUUUCAGCCCAUAUAAACUUUUCUUCAGGCGACACACCGUUGCUUCGUCUCCUUCGUGGUGUCCGGGAGGUUGGCGCAUAUAUAUUUCUUCACUUAAUUCUCCAUACAGGUAUGCGGUUUUUAUAUCGAUGUGCUUUGCAUACAUAUUACGCUUGGCGGCUAUGGUGAGAACAACUCGAAUCGUUGAUUGUUUGACGACCGGAGCAAAAACAUGGUCAUAGUCACAACCAUAUUUUUGAGAAAAUCCUUGUGCUACUAGUCGAGCACGAAAACGAACAACUUUGCCAUGCUCAUCAAGUUUUCGUUUGUACACCCAUUUGCAACCAAUUAUCUUCCGGUUCAAAGGCAAGCGCGUCAGUUCCCAUGUCUGAUUUUCCCGAAGAGCAACCAUCUCCUCCUCCAUAGCGGCUUUCCAUUGGUUACUUUCAGGACCUUCGAUGGCUUCUUUGUAACUCAGAGGCUCGUCGGCGGUAGGAGCCACCAAACUAAUAGUUCCAUUAUAUCUUUCUGGUGCUACUCCAAAGUUGGAUCGAGUAGACCUUCUUGGGGAAUCUGCCUCCUCCUGCAUAGGUACACCGUCGUCGGAUUCAUCGGUGACACCGUGGAAAAACCCACUUGACUCAUCGAAUCCCACGUAUUCGUCGUCUGAACUUUCAGUUUCUGUUUGGGGGUCCAGUAAACGAUAGCCCUUACUAUCGGAUGCGUAGCCUACAAAUGUAAAUUUUUCAGCUUUCACUUCAAACUUUUUUCGUUUUUGUUCGGGUAUCCAAGCAUACGCUGUGCAUCCAAAAAUUCUAAGGCGGUCAAGGUCGGGUUUUUGUUUGUACCAUAUUUCGAACGGUGUUGUUUCGACUGCUGUUGACGGUAAUCUGUUUUGUAUGUAAGCUGCCGUAUUGACAGCUUCUGCCCAGAACCGACGAGGUAAUCCAGCAUCUAAGAGCAUACACAAACCCAUCUCGUUCAACGACCUAUUUUUUCGCUCGGCAAUCCCGUUUUGCUGAGGGGCAUACCCAGUCGUGAAUUCCGCCUUUAUUCCUUCCUCUGCGUAAAAUGCUCGAAUACUAUUAGCUGUAUAUUCUCCACCUCUAUCGGAUCUUAUCACUUUUGGUUUCUUGCCGAGCUGAUUCUGGACAAAACGAACGUAGUCACGUAAUUUGUUGCCAGCUUCAGACUUUUCUUUGAGGAAGUACACCGUUGUGUAUCUGCUAUGGUCGUCAAUAACGGUCAUGUAGUACCGACACCCACCGGGAGUUUGAGUCAUAGGGCCGCAUAUGUCAGUGUGUACUAUGUCUAGCGCAUCUCUAGAUUUUUUCUUGGUAGAUACGGGAAACGGUGGACGAGUCAUUUUUCCUUUGACGCAGAUUUCGCAUGUGCUACGCAAGCCACAGUCGCGUAGUUUCAACCCAUCACUCAAAGACUUGCGUUCGAUUUCCUUAACUGCUUCCGGAUCUCGAUGACCCAAUUUCCGAUGCCAGGUGUGGAUACAAUUGUCGGAAUGCUUCUUGUCACUCACUGUCAUCAAUCGUCCAUGAGAAAGAUUUAACCGAUACAACGACCCACUUUUGUCUGCUUUGGCAACAACUUUGUCUUUAUACAACAAUCUACAACAGGUAGAGUCAAACACUGCACUAACACCUUUAAUGGCUAGUUUUGAAACGGAUACCAGGUUACUGUCCACAUUCGGAGCGUAUAUCACAUCAGUUAAAGUUAUCGAAUGUUCUUGUCCGUUUUCACUUAUACACUUCAAUUCACAAUCACCGAUGCCCUCUGUAUAUAUAACUUUGCCAUCAGCAGACGAAAUGUGUGGUCGCUCUUCACUAUCAAAUCGCACAAAUACACUUUUAUCAUUGGCUAUGUGUGAUGUCGCGCCCGAGUCAAUAAGCCAAGAAUUCUUAUCGUUUGACUCACACACUAAAAACGUAAACGACAUUUCUCUGUCGUCUUCGCGCACUGUUUUAACUCUCUCUCUCUUUUUUCUCAAAUUUUUCUGGACGCCAUCUUCAUUUUUACAAAACCGUUGGAUGUGCCCACGGCCACCGCAUCCGUAACACACCGGCAUUUGCCUGCCUUGAUUUUCCACCUUCAGAACUUGUUCUUCCAUGAUUCCUCUUUGCUUAUUUUGUUUUUCGGCCUCAUCAAUAAGCUUCACUUUCACCAAUCCCAAUGUUAGCUCUUCUUCAUCCCUGGCCUCCAGAGCAGUUGUCAGUGGAUUGAAUGAUUCCGGAAGACCCCGCAAAAUUAAGGCCACUUUUAAGCACUCUGACAUUUCUAAGCCGGAUGUUUCGAGACGCGCAUACUGUUUCUCAAUCUCUGACAAAUAGCUUUCCAUAUUUUCGCCGACCUUGAAAUUUUGAUUCGUGAUUUGCUUCAGUAGCGUCACUUUUUGUCCCAACGAUGUUUUGCUAUGGUGGUCCUUCAAUGUACGCCAUGUUGCUUGUGCGGUUAAUUUAUCUCGAAUUAACGCAAUUUGACUUUCGUCAACAGCCAACUGGAUAGUAGCAAGAGCUUUUUCAUCCCCUGAUGUCCAAGCAUCGUUCAACGGACACGGCGGAUUUCCAGGUUCAACAUAUUUCCAUAACUGCUCCCGCCGAAGUAACGCAGAAACAGAAAAUGCCCACGAUUCAUAAUUCGUGUUAUUCAAUUUGGCAAUUUUUGCCCACUCCAUAAUGGCGCAAAAAACAAACGCGCGCGUUUCAACUCAACUUUGCGAAAAAACUAGACUCUCAAACCGCCGACGCGUUUCACUGAACUGGGCCCAUAACCUGUUAGGGAUUAUAGGGAAUUGCAACGCGGAAGGAGAACAAAACACAUACGUUCUGUAUGGAAGCAAAGUAACAACUGACUUUAUUUUAAAGAUGAGAUGAGAGAACAAAUUGUAUUUGUAAAAGCAUUGUUGCCAGUAAUAUUGAUGACGUUGUGUCAGACCAGGGGUCUAACAGAGGUUCCGUCAAUAGAGUACGGAGCCGUUUUGUUGAGAGGAAAUUGCUAGUCCAGUCAAGCGUGACGGGUGAAGUUUGCCAACCCUGGUCAUAUCAGAUUGACACAUUCCUACUUACAAAAGCUCUGCACCGAUGUGUCAGUACUGUGGUGUAUUAAAAACCGUCCAACACAUUCUGACUGAUCACCACGGAUUUAAAGAGGCCCGAGAGGAACACAACAUUAAAGGAACUGUUUUUGAAAUUUUGGAAAAUGAAGAUUCGCAUGAGAAAUCACUAUUAAAUUUCUUGAAAAAAUGUGAAAUUUUUAAGACACUGUAAAACUUAAACUACAUUGGCACGAAUGCCAAAAGGUUGGUAACAAAAAAAAUAUUAAAAAAAAUUACAAGGAUUGUACAUAAAUACCUAUUUCUUCUUGCAUGUGUUACGUGUAUGCAUGUGUUUCAAAGCUGAAGUGGUGUUCUUGAAUGUCGAACUUCGUUUGUUUAAAAGUAAAUUAAAAAAGUCAACUUUUCUAGCCCAAGUAAAAUGAAAUAAAAUUAAAAAAAAAACAUGUAUCGCUUGUGUUGAGUACUGGUCGAUAGCUUUAAGAAACAACAUCUAGAAAGUUUACGUUACGUUC